AGUUAUGACGAUCAAAAGAGAAAGAAGGCGGAGGAGAAAAAGAACAGUCGAGAAGCCACGAAGUUUACAGUGGAGUCCAGUGAAGCCAACAAGCUUCUGACCUCUCUCAAGGAACGAGUGGCGAGCACAAAAGCCAAGUGUGUUGCAUUCAACGACGACUACAAAACUCCGGAAGAGGGAGCCAAAUUUGUGUUUGAGAAUCUGAAAGACCUGAUAGAAAAGAUGGUGAGCGUGAAGACGAACAUAAGUAAGCGGGACCUUGACCUUGCCAACCAUGAUAUGUACCGCGCCAACAGGGAGAGCAUCUACGUGGGUACAGAGGACAAGCUCAAACAGCUGGAUUUGGCAGUCACAAAGGGUCAGCAUGCAAUGAUCAUAGGAACCGGCGGAUCUGGCAAGGCCGCCCUGCUCGCUCGUUGGCUGACCACUCAGAAGAAGAGAGCCAGACCUGGACUUAUCUAUCAUUUUGUCGGCUGCGCCACCGACAGUGCCGCGGUACCUGAAAUCGUCCGUCGUCUGACGGUGGAGCUCCAACAUCUGAGCGGUGAGAAGACCAAAUCUCGGAGUGAGCAGCUGAGUGAGAUGGACGAAAGCUUCAGUACCUCUGCCCUUGACCUUGGUGAGCAGUGUCGCCAGCUGGACGUGCUGCUCACUAAGGUGGCUACCAAAUCCAAGGUCAUCCUGGCCAUUGAUGGGCUGGGCAAAGUGAACACCGCUUCCAGGACAGCUAAGCCGUUGUUUUGGUUGCCUGCUUGCACCUCGAGCAACGUGACCAUCAUUGGGACAUGCCGAGACAGCGACAAGGAGGUCAUAGAUGAACUGAUGUCACGUGGUUUCACCAAGAUCUCCUUAGAGGAUUUGAACAAACAGCACAGAGAAGAACUGAGCAAGGAGCUCUGUGCUUUUGGCCGUUUCCGAGAGCUUGACGAGAAAAUUGAUGAGCUCAUGGCGUGUGACAGUGUCCAAGAGCUAUUCCAAAGCUUCAUUCGCAGACUGGAGGCCGACUACAUAACCGACACGAAGAGAGGAAAUAUUGUGGAACAGGUAUUGUGCUCAAUCUGUGUAUCUCGCGAAGGCCUCUCAGAAGGAGAACUGAUGGCCAUGCACUCCAUUCCUUCCCACGAGUGGUCGCCCCUGUUCUUUGCCAUGCAGGACGUCAUUACCGAAAUGGCUGGACUUCUCCGAUUCGGUUUCAAUGAACUUCGAGAAGCUGUUGAGAGUCGAUAUUUGAAAGACAAGAUGACGAAAUUCAAGUACCAGAAAAUUAUUGCCAACUAUUUUGAUGAACAAAGAAAGUCUUGCUCUGAUGAUCUAAAACUGGAUGACCCGACCUUGACCCGGCCCGCCCUUGAACUGCCGUGGCUGUUGAGAGAGAUGAAGGACAUGAAAAAACUCACGGAAGUUCUCUCAGACCUACAGAUCUUCUCAAGACUCUUUCUCGACCAAGAGUACGAGCUGGUGGAUCUGUGGCGUAGUACUGGAAUGACAGGUGACGACAUAGCCAAACUGUACCUGACGGCCAUAGAAGCCAAGGGAAAAGACCUGGCCUCUAAACUGAAGGACAGCUCCCAGCUCAAGGCCAUGAUUUACAUCACACUCCUUCCGUACCUAGGGGCCUUGUCCUAUUUUUUGGAGAUGGGCCACUACCAGUCGGCUCAAGAGCGAGUCCUGAACGCACAGCUGGGAAUCAUGGAAGACUCUAUGGCUUCUUCUGACACCCUCAAGAAGCGCAACAUUGGUGUGGUCAAGCUGAAGCUGGCUUACCUGUACUCAGACACCGGCCGAUACGAACAGGCUCAUGCUCUGCACCAAGAGGUGUUGGCUUCCAGAGAGGAAAUUCUAAAAGCGGCCGAGACAAAACAGGAGAAGGAAAACGCUAUCAAGGGUCUGGGCCAGAGCUAUCACGGAAUCGCCAUGCUGCACUCCAAGAUGGGCAACACAGAGAGGGCUAUUGAGUUCUAUACAAAGGCCAUGGAAAGUCAGAAAGAAGUCCAGAACAGCGGAGAUGUAGCUGAUUCCUUGCACAAUCUGGGAGUCAUGUACAUGAAACUCAACAACUACGAGAAGGCGCUAGAGCUUUGUUCUAAGUCCAUGAAGAUCUACGAAGAAAUCUAUUUCACCAACUUGCCUCCGGUGAUCGGAGUAAUGCUUGGCAAUAUCGCAGUGUGUCACAGGAACUUGGGCCAAGUCGAUGAGGCGGAGAAGAUGUACAAGAAAGCCAUUGAGAUCAGCGAGAGGGCAUUAGGACGCUGUCAUCCUAAUGUGGGCUUAGCGCUGAUGAAUCUUGGCACUCUGGAAGUCAACAGAAAACGUUUUGCUGAGGCCGAGGGUUGUCUCAGAGAAUGUAAAGACAUUUUAGAGUCAACUGAGAGCGACGGCAUGAACAAGGAUUACUUCACAUGCCUCGAGAAAUUUGUCUUCGUUCUUCUCAAGGUCAACAAGGGCAAGGAAGCAUUACCUCUAUUCAAAACAAUGUACGCUAUGGCUUUGAAGGAAAACAUUCUGAACAAGUGUUGGCCCGUUGUGUACGCUGAAAUGGUCGACUGGCUUAUUCAAGAAAAAGAUUUCAGCUUUGCUCAUGAUGUCACACUUUCACUGCUUAAGGCUGGGGGCGCUCAGGAGAAAAGCUACAUGCAAUAUGACACAAUCUGCAAAGCUUUGAAAAAGAAACCAGAUCCCAAGUACGAUAUGGACAAAGCUUUUCAAGGAAAGCCCAAAAGUCUCAUUAUGGUGCGAAACAUGAUUGAGACAAAGCUCAUCCCUUCAGGAGACGUCAAAGGGGUUAAUAAUGUUCUGGAUGAAGUGGAUUCUGACCGCAUGAUAGGCCCUGACCUCUACGGAACAGCUGUCAUGUGGUGUGAAGAAGCCAAAAAAUCGGACAUGGCCUUAGGGGUGUUGGAGCACGCAGUGUCCAAGUUCCCCACUGAAGCGAAUUUUGUGGCUAGUCUUGCCCAGAAAUUCUAUGACCGCCAGGAGUGGUCUAAGGCCUUGGAAUGGGGGGAGAAGAUGAUCAAAUUAGAGCCGGACACCCCUAACCAUUACCUGAUGGUAGGAGACGUCUGUCUGAGGACAAAGAAUUUGAGCAGAGGAAAGGAAAUCUUCAUCAAGAUGAACGAAAAAUUCGCCAGCAUGGACAGUGUUGUAUCUCAG